AGGCUCAACAGUCUUCAAUUGUACAGCUGAUCGUGAGACGAAGCUGAAACAACGUCGUGUGGCUUCCGGUCUUGGCGAUCUCGUUCUCCAAAAAUUCCCGACCGCCAUGAGCGAGUGACGACGAGUGUCGAACGGUCGCGAAAAUCCUCCGCGUGUGGCAUCAUCCGCGGCUCCAGAGCUAAUCGGAAUAAUUGCCGGGAUGUCACCAAGCUAGCGAGACAAGGCUCUUUCUCUCUGGAGAACCGGACGGUCCAUUUAGAGAUACCGCGCUCCCCUCUCCCCCCUCGUUCCAUUUGCGCCACGGAAGAUCAAAGAAUCCCUGAACAAUCCGAGGAUUCAUCUACACAAUUCGACGAUUCAGAACUCCGAGGAUCGAACUAUCUAAACAUCACUUCUGGCCAACACAAAUAGAUCUUCCAAGGGAUUUAUCUGUACACUUGAAAUUAUAUGUUUCUAAAGGGAUUUUAAUGUAUUGUAUUCUUUGAAAAUCCGAGAACCGGCUUGCUUUUAUUUCUAAAAAAAACUCAACUGUCAAGUUUGGAAUUUCGAUACAGAACUGAUAUCUUCAAAUACCUGACAGACAAGUUUUUAUAUAAAAUUUUCGAUUUCUAAAAUUGCACUGUAAAUCUGAAACCGUAUACCGCGUAAUCCUUUAAGUCGCCAAUAAUCUGCUUAGGAAUUUGGGGGGAUUUCGAAGGGAUUUGAAGAGCUGCAAACUUUCUGUCAAAUUUCCAGCGAAAAAUGUGGUCAAAUAAUUCGAAUUCUCACGUAUCUUCUGAUAAAGCCUCAUAAUUACUGGUCGAUGUUAGUGGAAAUCGAAGUAUCGACUCACAAGAACGACAGAUUGAAGGCUCCUGCCGUUGUCGGGGCGCUCGAUAGCCACGGGAGACUCUUACAAUGGCCAACGAAAGGAUACCGGGACGUUACAGAACAUCGUUACCAGUUCCGGGUCACUCCGAAGUAAAUCUCUGCUCAAUGACGCUUCAGCUGGGCAAGGACAUCAGCAAGACCAGCAUGCCGGUCAUCUUCAACGAGCCCCUCUCUUUCCUGCAACGCGUCGCGGAAUAUAUGGAAUAUGCCAUAUUGCUCAAGCAAGCAUCUCAGCAGGAAUCGCCGGUCUUGAGGCUUCAGUACGUUGCGGCUUUCGCUGUGAGUGCCCUCGCUUCGAACUGGGAGCGCUUUGGAAAACCUUUCAAUCCAAUUUUGGGCGAAACGUACGAAUUACAGCGCGAGGACUUCCGGAUAAUAUGCGAACAGGUCUCGCAUCAUCCACCGGUGUCCGCGUUUUACGCUGACAGCGAGGACUUCAUCUUUCACGGCAGCAUCCAUCCUAAAUUGAAAUUCUGGGGGAAAUCACUGGAGGUGCACCCGAAAGGGGUUGUCACGGUCGAAUUACCCAAAUGGAAGGAGUCUUACACUUGGCAAAAUGUCAAUUGCAUCCUUCACAAUGUCUUGGUGGGUCAAUUGUGGAUGGAGCAAUCAGGCCCUCUGGAGAUCAGGCAGCACGGAGGAGAUGACUUGAAAGCUAAGUUGUGUUUCAUUAAAAGCACCCUGAAUGGCAAGGACGUCCAUCGCGUCGAGGGAUUUAUAACGAAUCAAGAAAAAAGAAAGUUACUUUUCCUUUACGGCCAAUGGACCGAGAUUUUACGAUCCUGCGAGCCCUCGUUGUACGAGGAAACGCUGGAAAAGAUCAAACUGGAGGCCAAAAGUCCGCAGGGAAGUCCAGGACACAAAAAGGUCUUGGCGAAGCUCCACAGUCUCAAAGUCGGAGCUUUCAAGCCCCUGCAUCAGGAUGCGAUAGAGGAGCCCUUUGGCAGUACAUUUGUUGACGACAUUCCGAUCGUAGACGAGAUUCCAGGAUCUAUCGCACUUUGGGAGGCCACACCGAGGCCCAGCAACAGUUCGGAUUAUUAUCAGUUCACGACGUUCGCGAUGUCACUGAACGAGCUGGAGCCUGAUAUGAGAGAAAGCCUUUGCCCGACUGACUCCAGACUGAGACCGGAUAUUCGCAAGCUGGAGAACGGCGAUCAGGAUGGGGCUGCGUCUGAGAAGGCCAGGCUUGAGGAAAAACAGAGGAAUUCCCGCAAAGCGCGCAAGCAGAAGAAGGGAAACGAGUAUGUUCCCAGGUGGUUCCAAGCCGGCACGAAUCCUUACACGGGCCAGGAAGAUUGGACGUUCCUUGGCGGAUAUUGGGACCGUAAUUACGCCGAUGUCGAGGACAUCUUUUAAUGAAGACGGGGCUCGUUAACUUCCAUUAGCACGCAACCGACGCCGGCGAGGAUCGACAAUUGGGCGUCGUUAGUGCAAAAUUGCAAAUAAGUUGCCUAAGAGGACAGGUGCGUAGAUCGGUAAUAGAUGCCAUUAGAGAUCGAUGUCUUUGUGUAAAGUAAUUAAAAGCAGAUCUUGUGCGCGCGACAUUCUUCGAGCGCGAAGUUGGAACUCGACGAGUCGCUGGGAACUUAUUCCCACGCUUUUCGACGUAGGAAGGUAGCGAAUCGAGGAUACAAAUGGACAUUAUUCGAAAAUCAAUCUCUGAAAAUCAGAACUUGUAGUUUCCGAACGUUCGAUUAUAUCAUUGAUUCGCGCUUCCUGUUCUCCGACACUAUUUUUAUAAGAGGCCAAGUUGGACAACCGGAAAGGCGAUUCUCGCGUAGUAUCCCUGCUUGAAGAAGCCAGUGAGAGAUGGCAGAAGCUGAUUUGAAGUUUAUACAGGAUGUUCCUAAGUUUGGGGUGACUUAGGGACUUUCCUUUUAGGGACAGUCUAUGUAAUUUCAUCGCAGACUGUCGUUUUAGUCCAGGUUUCUCAAUUAAACCACCACAAAUAUUUAUCCGCGUAUUAAACGCUUUCCUAUCGAUCUGUCAAUUCAAACAAAUUACGUUUUGACGUUAAUACGAGAAUCGGACUUAGUUCUAUAUCCAAGAAUAUUCUUGUAUGUUUAUAUCAAAACUAUACGUAAUUAAAACGUAGAGGAAAUCUUGUAUCUUAUCGAGAGCGCAAUCUGACGUUUAAAUCGAAGAAUCAUUUUUUAACAGUGAAAACAAGAUAGAAAGGAAGAUAGAAGACUUAUCUACAGAUAUAGAAUAAUCUGAGAACAUAAAAAAUGAGAUCGAAUCGAUUUUCUUUCGUGUGAUUCGAUCGGACUCUUUGAGCAGGAAUGUUGUAGACCUUCGUGUAAAUAUACAGCGACUGUGUAUGAUACACCUGUACCAAGAUUAGGGCCGAACGAUUCUUCGCGACAGCUUCGUAUCAAUCGAGCAAUAAUUAUUUAUCGCAGACUUUAUACGUUCGGGUUACUUUCGAUUUCCAAUCUGGAACAAUCGCCAAACCCCAGCCAGCCUGCGAGACGCCAUGUUGGAAAGAAGCGAGAGCCGCACGUGUUGGCGCCGCGGAUGCUAUAAGGUUCCACAUAUCUAUGGAAAUUAAAUAGUUCCGCGGGAAAAAUCUGAGGGGAAUAUCAGUGACUUCAGGGAAAGACUGAAACUUCGCGAGUCAAAUGGCGCAAAGGGAAUCCAGCAUAUAUUUGCCGAAUAUACUAUGUUACUGCUUCCAGGUAAAUGUAUCUUUUGCGCGAAUAGACGCUUCCUAGAACAGAUAUGUUGCGUGUCGUGUGUGCGUUGACAGGCUUAAUUAGGAAGGGCGACAAUAAUUUGAGGUUCUCGAAGAGCCGAGUGUGUUUCAAACCGUGAAAAAUCAUCUGAAUUCUAAGCCAUGCGCGGAAGAAGCCAGAAACGAUCUCGUAAUCAAUUGAUCCCCAGUGCGAUCCCUUUCCUCUCCAAGGAAAAAGAAACAUGGCAAUCGAUAGACGCAUUUUGCAAAGGAUUGGAGGCGAGAGGUGAAAGACAAAGUGGGUGAAAAAGCGGUGCAGCUUCCUUUCACGGCAUAGCUUAUAAUUCUGGAGUUGGGAUGUUUGUUGUAUGGUACUUUUGGAAUCCGGUAUGAUUUGGAAUUCGGAUCCUCGAAUUAUAAUCCCACCGGAUCGUUCGGCGCGCGCUGCUCCGGCUCGAGUUCUGUGGAUACGAUAAAGUCGACCGACUGAUAAGCGGAAUCGCGCUGCCUUCGGGCAGACGAGCGCGUCAACCACGGGCGAGUUUACGAUAUAAAUAUACGAGUACACAUAUCUGGUAUCUGACAUAGAAUUUCUAUGCUUCCACGAGGGAACGGCGACGCGAAUCAUUUAUACGUUGACGACGAUCGUACCCUACGGUGUACGAUCACCCGUGUCACGUCUAAGGACCUUAUUAUUGUUAACAAUCGCGCACGUAGCUUGUAGGGACUCGUUGUGUUUUGCGUUGCAUAGAUCACGCCGAUGUGUAACUGUACAUAGACAAUAGGCAUAUUAGAAAUAAAUGUUGUUAAAAAAGGAA